CACAAGGUAAGCUAUUUCCUGAAUGUUGAUUUAUUUAUAACCAAAUACAGGUAAAUUAUCGAGCAAGGCUAUUUUGUGAAGUGACAGUGGAUUUUCUUUAGACAUAUCCUGAGUUUAGUGCUAUUUAAAAACAUUCGGACCCUCAUCAAAGGUUAAACUUGGAUUUAUACCGCCAUUACUGUGCUUUAAAGGGAAUUAUAAUACAGGUGUUGUGAUGUUUUUAAAAGUGGAUAUACAAAUAUUACUAAAUACGAUACUAUCGUUGAACCGUAAAUAGUAUACAAUUUGAUCACAAUCUGACUUCGUGGAUAAUUGGCAAAUUUUGAAUAUUUGAAAUAUUUGCUUCUUUGUGUGGAUUUUACAAAAUCCAGAGAGAUUUGUGUACAUGUUCAAUCGAAAAAGUGAUGUAGUGAAUAUACAAAAUUAGGUGAUAAUUAGUUUACAAGUCUAUAUUUGACAUAUCGGAUAGACAGGUGAGACACAGUAGCUCGCCUGUUCGUUCACACGGGAAUAAACAGUUAGCCCUCGGCCGGAUCUGGCGGCCCGGAUGUAAACAGAGGCGCCCGUGAGCGCCAUGAGCAUCUUUAAGAAAAAGAAAAGUCUGGUCAUCACCGACCAUGACCCCAUCUACAAGGUCAAGUACCUCGGUAACGUGCAGACGGCGAUGAUGAAGGGGGAGGGGUGUGUGGACAAGCCCGUGGGUGUUAUAUGGAACAACUACCUCCGCUCCACCAACCCCGGGCUAGACAUGCGCCUCACUCUCACUACUUGCGGACUGAAGGCGGAGACGCGCGAGCAGGGCCUCACGGAGUACCGCGCGCACCGGAUAUCCUACUGUAUAGCGCAUCCCGCGUACCCAAAACUCUUCGUUUGGGUCUACAGACACGAAGGCAAAAAGAUGAAGCUGGAGCUCCGCUGCCACGCCGUGCUGUGCAAGUCCGAGGCAAAGGCAAAGGCCAUGGCUGUCCAGCUGUCGGACAAGAUCUCGUUCGCGCUGAGAGAAUUCAUGCGAGAAAAGACGAGAAAACAGACCUCCCGUCUAACACUACAGCGAACGCGUUCGCUACCACUUAAGAACUCCGUGGUGCCCUUGCGAACAAAGAUGCUGAGCACGGGCCAGAACUUCAAGCCGCCGAUCAGUAAGUCGAACACGGCGCCGCGUCUUGGUGCCAUCCACGAGGACCAUGAGCAGGAGGAGGAGGAAGGGGAGUGGGAGAGGGACUACGGUGUCCUCACUGAGGAGGAGGAACCGGAAGUGGAGGACGACGAGUUUGACGGUCCAGAGUGUCUGCCGUCGCCUACCAUAGACGCCCUCACGUUGUGUGGCCAUGACACGUGCGAAUUAGGCGCGGAAUGUCGCAGCCAACGGAUCAUAGACAUUGAGAUUGGAAAUGAUAUAGAUGAACUGAAACUUGACGAAGACGUUAAGUACAUUAUAACGCGGUCGGGCGACUCCGACGACGAGAGUUCAGAGAGUUCCGGUUUUAACGAACCGGAUUCCAAGGACGGAAGUCUAACUGCGCAGGACGAUAAUUCUCUGGACGGUGAGGAUGCGGUGUGUGAGACGCCGUCCCCACCCUCCCCCCACAUCCCGGACGAAACAGAAGUGACGAGUUUCUGACAGCCGCCCCCGUCUUAGAGACGCUCGCCUCCCCGCCACCCACAACCACGGGUGUGCUGAAUGUAGGUGAAUAAUGAAUGGACACCUGCGGUCGAGUUGUAUUCUACUUAAAUCGGGAUCAUUGCAUAUGUGCUACCUAAUUGGCGGCAGCGCGCCGCUUAGCUGCAGUAAACGGAAACCAAGCGUGGGUUAAAAAGGAGGCAAUAUUAUAUUUCCUAGCGUUACUUAAUAUAAAUAUUAAGUUAAUAACGUAAUGAUUGCGUUGUUGUCUCAUAAUUAUCCCACUUGAAGAGAGGCGACAUGUGAUAGCACAUUUAAGCCAGUCAAGGGAUGCAUGCUAUAAUGUUCUAAAUGGAACAAAUGAUAUAACUUUUUGUUUCUUACCAAGGAACUAUUCUUUGAGUGCCAGUGACAAAACUCAUAUUUAAUUUAAGCAAAACUUAAGUACACUUUUUUGAAAUUAGAGUUUCGCCAAAUGUUUGACAGUGUGAUCGUGGAAAAGUGCCUAUUUGACGGAACCCAGAUAAUAUAAACAGACAGACAAACAGACGGAAAUGUUUAUUGUCGUAAUGUUAUAUUAUUUACAUGGAUAUUUUAUUCACUAUUUGGUGACAAUUGGAGCAUCUCAGUCAUUUUCCUUCGAAAACAACCUCGGAUGUACGUGGACGUUUUACGAUGUCUGAAUUAUUUACAUAAAACUACGCUGAAAGUAGACCGCGUAGUAAUUUCAAAAUACUUGUAGCAGUUAACUGUUAAACAUAAGGUCUUCAUUCUUAGGAUUCUUAAUGAGUUAUGAAAUAAUACACUUCUCUUGGAAUCAAUCUAAACUUUUUAAUAAAAAUUACACGUUAAAAUACUGCAAUUAAUUAAUAUCAUCAGUAUUAAUUGUACGAACUACUUUUACUCAUCCGAGGCUCGUAAAAUGUCGGAAAUAGCCGAGCUGUUCCGAUGCACUUUGAUGGCAACUACUUAGACAUGUGCAUGACAUAAUGUAAAGGAUAUGCCGUCGUUUUGUUUUAUAUUAUUACACUCUUUAUUGUCAAUGAGCCGCGCGAACAAGGAAAUGCAAAAUUGUUUUGUCUGUUAAAAUGUUACGGUCUUGACAGUUUAAACAUGUGAAAUCGCAAGGGCCAAAUUUCUAUUUAUAGCAUUUUCACAUUAUUCAAGACAAGGGAGAUAACUUGUAAACACUCAUUGCUUUUUUGCAAUAAUUUUGCUCAUUAUUCAGAUAAUGUUGUUUAUAUAUACAUGUACGUCAUCGAUUCUAUUUAUAAAGGAUACUGUUGUUAUACAUGUGUAUACGUCAUCAAUGCUAUUUAGGUCCACGACUAUUGUUACAUGUACGUCGUUACAGCUCUAAAUGGGACAGUCUUAUUAAAAAACAAUACAUGUAUAACAAACAGAUAUUUUGAGUGAUAUACAUUUCCAUUCUUCCUAAAUGAUGCAUUGAUGUAAUUAAACAAUUGUGUUACGUUUGUUAAAUCUAAUUUGGGAGUAAGAAGGCAUCUUUAAGAUCUAUUUAUUUUAUAUCAAUUUAUAUCGCAAACAUACUCGAGUCAAAUCUCAAAUUUAACUCAUUUCACAAUAUAACAUUAAAAAUAAUUUAAAAAUCGUAUGUUUUUUGUCUUUUUUUUAAAAGCGUUUUUUUUUUGCUAUACAUAAUUACUUUUCUUGUGGUAGAAUAUUUUUUCUUUGAAAUAUUGAGUUUUUAAUCGAUCCAUUCUAAAUGGGAUUACACUUAUGAAAACAUUAAAAACAUAUACAUUACAGAUUUUCGUACGUUUGAUGUUUAAAAAUUAGUUAAGAAUGAGAUUGAGAUUUGACUUAAGCAUGUUCGUGAUAUCGGGACCUGUUGUCAGAUAGACGUCAUUAAUGCUAGUAAGAGCUAACUUAAGUAUUCCCCGAACCCUGAGUUUCACACCAUUUUGAGGUUCCCCACCCCCAAAUAGGCUAAGAUUAUAAGAAGUUGAAUUUUUGUGCCUUUAAAUCCAAUAUUUGGUUUGGUAAUAUGGAUUGGUAUUCAAUAUGCAACUCAAUUUUAUGGCUAUACAUUAUUGAUUUCAUUUACUAAAUUGGUCAGUUAUUAAUAACAAGUAAUCCGAUUAGCUACAUCGUUCUUAGAUCCAAUUAUAACCAAUAAUGAAUACCAGCUAUUGUAACGUGUGAAAUAGUGCUGGGUGUUGGUGACCAAAAGGCAAAGAGGUAAACAAAUACAAGAUACAAGGAUCUUUAUUUAAAGUCGGUUAUAUGUUAACAAGUAAUUUUAGCUCAAUGAGUUAUUUUCCUAAAUGGUGCCAGAGAAGGCUUUUCAGAUGUAUUUACGUUCUAUUUUUCAACUUAAUUCGGACGAGAUAUUUCAUAUGUGUCUUCUGUUAUCACCAUAAAGCUAGUUUGUAAAAAUUUACAUAAUCAUUACACGUUUUUUCGCAAAACGUUGAAACCUUUCAAAUGAAACCAAACUUAUGCUGGGUGUUAAACAUUCACGCUUUACGGAGUUGAUGAAGAAGGGAUUUCCUCAAGUUGAUUUUUUUCUUACUUUAACUAAAGACAAAUAUUUCUGUCGCCGCUUUUGUUCAUAAUAAGAUCAAAUGUAAGCAGAAUUGCAUCUUGUUCUAUAAAUAUCUUUCUUCAUUUUCCCAUAAACCACUAUAAUAAACCAAUCUAGGAUAUUGUUAGCCAAAUAUUUGAUAUAUUAGAGAGAAAAAAGAAGCAAUCAUGUCAAAGAAAGGAUUCAGUGUCAUUUCGAAAUAACAAUUUCCUGUCGCUUUCCAUAAAAGGCUCUUAAUACAAAAAAUACUGUAGAUUACUUUAAUUACACGAGUGUUUAUUUUUAUCGAUUUUUAUGUUUCUUUUGUAUUAUUUCGCGAAGUUCAGAAUUCGCGACCCCUCUACCUAAUCAUCGAUAUACUUUGGUAUUUUUAUUAUUUGGCUAGUUUAUAACUCAUCCAUUUUCUUUAUUAGCGAAUAAUCACUAAUUUUAACCACCGCGAAAUUGAAACGGUCUACGGUAAUAAGUUAUUUCAAGAUACUGUAUACUGUUACACCGCAUAAAACAAUAUGUGACUUUUGUAUUCGUUUUCAUCUAGUAUUUUUAGCAAUAUUCUGUUCUUCAUUAGUUAUUCUCUGUAACAUAAUUCUGAUCGUAAUACAUGUAUAAUUUUACUCAAACAGAGAAAGUGUUCACUAAAUGUACAUCGAUAUAUGUUUUAGUCUUUGCAGUUCAAGAUCCUGUGCCGGUAUUCAUAAAUCAUCUUAAGUCAAGUCUUAACUUAAGUCAUUUUCUUAAAAUUUUCAAAAUCGAAUUUAAAGACAAAUUUAAGUGUCUUACCAUUAAAGUACGGUUUUUAAUAAUGGCAGUGGUAAUAAAGUAAUUCAGAAAUUAUCAAACCAUUACUUCAUAUGAUUUAAUACAUACAAAACCGACUUAUUUGAAAAAUGCAAAACUGACUUAAGUUAGGAAAUGUCUUAAUGUAUGUCUUAUGAAACUAUGGGCUGUAUUCAAUAUAAUUCUAACAUUUAUCCUUAGACACGCCUCAGUGAUUCCAUUCAUUCGAUUGGCCAAUUAUUUUUACAAGCCAAUCAAAACACUCUGAUGCCUUUGUUUAUUAUUUUUAAAUUUAAGGUAAAUCUAAGUUGUAAUUGUUUAUGAAGACAUGCCUCAGUGAUUCCAUUCAAUCGAUUGGUCAAUCAAUUUUACAAGCCAAUAAAAAUACUUAGAUUCGGUUCUUAAAUUUCAGUUAAUUUAAGUUGCUCAUUAUUGAAUACGGCCCAAGAACUUCUCAUAUACUUUUCUAUAAGUCUAUUAACAACCAUAUUCUAUUCACAAAAUCUUUUCUUAUGAACUAACGGAAGCCAUUCUAUUUCUAUUUAACAUCAUAUUAAAAGUGUGUAUUUUCAUUUGAAUACCUUCCAAAAAACAACAUGUCUCAUGUUUAGUUUAUAUUAUAUUGACCUAUAACCAGAGCGACUACAAAAUGCUGACAAAUUCCCAGUCAUGUAUACGCAGUGUUUUGUGAAUGUGCAUUUUUAUACUCUUUUGCAUAAAAGGACUCUUAUUAGGCCAGUAUGUAUCACCAAUAAAUGCAUAUAAAUCAGAUUUUUUUUGUAAAUAUUUUUUUUUGGAUGACGAUUUUUAUAUAACGUUGAAAUAACAUAUAUAUAACGAUACACGUGUACCGGAGUCAUUUUAAACACUCAAAAACAUUCGUUAGGGAAAUAUAAUUAGUAAAUUUAAAGAAACUCGCAAACAUGCAAAUUUUAAUUCAACCAUAUCGCAUAGCUGUAAAACUAAAGUCGAAACUGAAACUGUUACUAAAUUUGUUAACAUUAGAAGAUAAGUGUUUGUUUUUAAUUUUUCAUAAUAGUUCACUUUAACAAAAUUGCCAGUAGAUUUUCUCGGUCAUUUAACAUGCCACAUUGCAAGUUCUCUGGUUUAUGUUAAUUUCUUACCGGGUUUAAUAUAACAUUUCUCUGAAUGUCUGUCAUAUAUCUUCUAAGUUUGAACAAUGUUAUAUUGAAUCUUGAUUCGUGAUGACUUUGUUGACCGAAACAGUGCGACUCAGGCCAUCAAUAAAAUAUUAACUGUUUCCUCUCCAAGGACCGACCAGAAGACAAAAUCGGCCCGACUCGAAUAAUGUUAUUGCUUAAAAUAUGAUGAUAUUUGUGUUUUGACUAAAACAAAGCACCUCUUUUGUUUCGACAGCAUUGAAGCUUUUUUACUUAGCAUUAUUUUUUGAAUGAAAUGAAAUAAGCACACUUAGUUACCGAUCCGCAUAAUCGGUCUACCGACCCGCAUAAUCGGUUUUGCCGAUCCGCAUUAUUGGUCUACCGACCCGCAUAUCAAUCCACCCGGGACGCGGGAGGGGAAAUAAAGAAUAUUUUAAGCCUGGCCUCCAUAUGUUCUUGCUUAUGCGUUCGUCUUGUUCACACGUUUUUCAUAUUUUUGCAGUUGUUCCUAUGUGAUGUGUACUGUUUGUUUUUCUUGUUUAUACGUUCGUUUUGUUGAUCUAUUUUUCAUAUUUUUCCAAUUGUUCAUAUGUUGAUGUGUAUGUUAUUACUAAAUGAGAUAUUUAUUUCGCUACUCUUAUGUACAUACAUUUGUUGAAAAUAAAACUGUUGUAUAAAGAA